UACAAAUAGAACAGAACAGGUAUUGAUGGAGAACACACAUUUUUAGUUCUGAUAAAAAGGCAUUUUCUUUUUGCUAUCUACAAUGACAGCUAGCAGCUGUAACAUUCCUUGGGUAAUUGUGUCUCUCACGGUUAUAGCUUUGAUCAUAUCCAUAUGUAUUCAUCUCCUUACCUACAAUGCAAGACGGAAAAAAGAAAAACAGCCAAUAACAUACAGAGAUUGUGAACCAAGCUUUUCGGAGCCAGAGUAUAUUGAUGAAAAUCCCAUUUAUGGGAAUAUUAAUCCUGAAGUUGUAGAAGUUGAAGAAGUUCCCGAAGUUUGUUACGAACAAAUGAACAUAAAGGCUCCAGUGCGAGUUCAAAGAGAACGAAAGGCAGCAGAUGAACACAGUAUGUGCUAUGCAUCUCUUGAGUUAUCAGCACAGAAGCAGCACAGAAAGCACAGAAAAAAGAAGAACAACUCAGUGGAGUUUUUGGAUACAGACAUGGAGGAGGGGAAAAUGCCUUCUAGAACAAACAGCAUGUACCUGAACAGCCAGCAGCUGGCAGCUGGAAAUGGGGAUGAAGCCAUUCACGAGGAUCCCUCUUUGCUUUUGAGUAUGAUUAAUACAAAUAGGUACUAGGCAACAGAAGACUGCUUUCUAACUCCUCACAGCUUUCAUACUUUUAUCAAAUUUAAGAUGUACUGUACUUUCGCUACAAUUUUAGAAUUAUAUUGCACUUAAACAGUAGCAGGGUUCCAAAAAACAUAGUGUUACACAUCCCCACGUGCUGCUACAACUGUUUAGUUUUGAGUGAAUCAGCUGGUUGGUAAAAAGAUAAUACAAUGUUAAAUGGGUGAGGACAAGGUCACUCUCCCGGUGAAAUGCACACAGAGCUUUCUUUAACUUGUAUUGUGCUUAUCUUCUUUUAAAAAAAAAAAAUACGUGCUUGCUACACGUGUGACCUAGCGAAUGGAAGUUUUUUUUAAUUAAUUUAAAAGGUUUUUUUUAAAUUAAUAUGUUAGCUAUACCAAAAUUAAAGAGUAAGUAGCGAGGUUCCAAAAAAUAUAGCGUUACACGUCCCCACAUGUUGCUGCAACUGUUUAAAUAGUGUACCUGUCAUUUUCUUUUCAUUGUUAACAUCCUCACAACCUUUUACACUUCUAACUUUAUUUCAAAGCUGUUUUUUUAAAAGGCCACUGUAGUGCACUGAGGUUUGAGAUCUGUCUUCGAUCAGCGGUGUGCAAACGUUUGGCAUGCCGUCCCCUUUUCUUAGCAUACGUUUUGUUGCACAGCCCCCUUCCCCCGCUGGCACACAUUAAAACGUUACUUAACUAUAUUUUAACAGGUGUUUUUUUUUUUUUUUGUUUGUUUGUGUUUUCCGGAUUUAAUCUAAAUUGCGUAGUUUUCCUAGAUUUAACUACAAAGUCCAGAUUUAGCUAAAUACAUAAAUGUUAAUUAAACACAAGUUUUGAAAUGUGUACUUUCAGAUAUAAUUUAUAAAUAUUGAAAACGUGUAUGGCAAAUUCAACAUUUAAAAUCGGUCUAUAAAUCAUAGUUUCUGACAAACAAAUCCGUGAAUUUUUUUUUUUUUUUUUACACUUGGCGAGUCA